AUGACAGAUAACGGCGAGAGUUCCUCGCUGAACCCAGCGCGGGCAGUGCCAAUUUCAGCGUCUUUUCGAUCAUCGUCCCCUGCACAGGAUGGAACUAUUAGACAGGCCUCCAUGGCUCGGCUGGCUUCCCCUGUUCCCUCUCCAUCUUUUGGGACGUCCUUGUCGUCUCGACAAGGUGUCCCAGCUGGUCGACCGAUCAGUACCACAACCUCGAAUUUCAAUUCCGAACACAAUUUCCGGGCUGUCAAUGACCUUUCCUCGCUACCAGGGCCAGGUCAUUCUAUGCUUGCGUCUCAACUGCAGGAAAGUCUUGGUCGCUCGCCCCCUAAUUUUGGAACCCCCUCUCGAGUAGCUGGAUCGCCCGUGGUCCAAUCAGCUCUCGAAAACCGCGCUGUGACUUCGCAAUAUGGAUCUUUUGACACGAGAAAUGGUAUCGACUCUCCAGCUCCCAAUGAGGAUCCAGAGGUGGUGAAAAGGCACCUGGUUAUGCCGUCGCAGGUCUCCGAGCAUCGUGAUACCGGGUCGGAGCUUGGAACUAGCAUGGGCGAAGACCAUUUCUCAAGUCUGCAGCUGCAGGGAGGCGACAUGACUCGAGAGGUCUACCGAUGGGCAGAAGAUGCCGAGUCUGAUAACCGGUUCGCACGCAGCAAGAGCUUCAGCGUCAGUCGGCCGGCUCCAUCAGCAGAAACCGAAGACAUUCACACAAUUCUUGUGCCAGGAGGGUUCCGACGAGACUAUUUGCGAAGAACUGCGGGGAGCCCGCACCGCGGAAGUGUGCAGGGGUCUAAUUCUGGCGCACCCCCUCAGCACCAGCUCCCCACUUCCAAUUUCUUGGAAUUCCUGACACUGUAUGGUCAUUUCGCUGGAGAAGAGCUGGAGGAAGAUGACGAGGUCCUGGGUCCAGAUGAGUACUUUUCGUCUGGUACUUGGGACGAACCGGAGGACGGUAGAGAGUCUGGAGAAGAUGCGGCCCUGCUUCAAGGUGACUAUGCUGGCCGCAGGAAACGAAAGCACAAGGCGCGCGCACCUGCAGGUACCACAACUGUUACUGGCGCCGUCAUGUUGCUGCUCAAGUCCUUUGUGGGUACAGGAAUUCUCUUCUUGCCCCGCGCUUUCCUGAAUGGAGGCUUGCUAUUCAGUAGCAUGGUGCUUCUCGGAGUCUCACUGCUCAGUUACUAUGCCUUUAUCCUGCUGGUGAAUACGCGCAUGAAGGUCGAUGGAUCUUUUGGUGAUAUCGGAGGCAUUCUGUACGGAAAGCACAUGAGACGCAUUAUCCUCGGGUCCAUUGUUCUCAGCCAAUUGGGAUUCGUAGCGGCAUACAUUGUGUUUGUGUCGCAGAACUUGCAAGCGUUUGUGCUCGCUGUGAGUAACUGCGCGUCCUUCGUUGAUCUCAAGUACUUGGUGCUCUUGCAAUUGGUCAUUUUCUUGCCCCUCUCCCUGAUCCGCGACAUCAGCAAGCUUGGGUUCACUGCGCUUAUUGCGGACGCGUUUAUUCUGCUGGGCUUACUGUACAUUUACUAUUAUGACGCCAGCACCCUGAUUGGCAAUGGUGGUAUCUCGGAUGUUGUCGCGUUCAACCCUGCAACCUGGUCUAUGUUCAUUGGAACUGCCAUCUUCACAUAUGAAGGUAUCGGUCUCAUCAUUCCCAUUCAGGAGUCGAUGAGGGAGCCCCACCGAUUCGCCGGAGUUCUGGCUGGUGUCAUGGUUGUCAUCACUUUGAUCUUCCUUUCUGCAGGAGCUCUCAGCUAUGCUGCUUACGGAUCGGCAACCAAGACUGUCAUCCUGCUCAACUUGCCUCAGGAUGACAAGUUUGUCAAUGUGGUUCAGCUGCUUUACUCGCUCGCUAUCUUGCUGAGUACCCCUCUGCAGCUCUUCCCUGCCAUUCGUAUCAUGGAGAAUGAACUCUUCACGCGCAGUGGCAAAUACAACCCGUACAUCAAGUGGAAGAAGAACGCCUUCCGUUUCUUCUUGGUCAUUGUAUGUGCCAUUAUAGGUUGGGCUGGAGCCGAUGAUCUUGACAAGUUUGUUUCGCUGGUCGGAAGUUUUGCCUGUGUCCCAUUGAUCUACGUCUACCCGCCCCUCCUUCACCUUCGUGCCUGCGCCCGUACUCGGCGUCAAGUAUUUGCCGAUAUCGCUCUCACUGUCUUAGGUGUUAUUGGCUGCAUCUACACAACGACGUUGACCAUCCAAAACUGGAUUGCCGGCGGUGAUGUUCCAAGCCCAGGCUACUGUGAUUCUAAGUGA